AUGACUUUAUCUUCACCAAUAGAUGCCCACCAGCUGCUGGAUGCCCUGGCCCCGUUACUGGGACCGGAGGGCUGUAUCAAAGGGCCUGUAGAGGCUUCUAGAAUAAGUAGUUUAAUGAAGGAUGCAGUCAAAAUGGUCAGUAAAUGUGUCUAUCUGAAUAUUUUACGUAAUACCAGUGAAGUUACCACACUUAAUAAGUUUAUAGCAGUAGGAGGGUGGGACACUCUCAACCAAUGGUUACAGGACAGUAAAGAACCAGAAUUUACUGGUUUUCUACUAGAAUUGUUAAAAGUUUAUCGUGAUCUACCAAUUACCGUAGAAUUGUUAAAGAAAAACAACGCUGCCAAAACUAUUAAACAGUUUGCUAAAUCAGAUAAUGAAAGUAUAAAGGUAUUAUCAAGUGAUAUCGUUGAUAAAUGGAUGAAGACAGUCCGUGGUGGACGCGCAGAUGAAAAUGAUAAGAAAAAAGAAAAAGACAAGAAGCGAAAGAAAGACAAAGAUCAUCAUCAUCGGCAUCAUUCUGGCAGUAAAGAUAAAGAAGGUGGCGCCACUGACAUGACGGGAGGUGGGAGUAGCGAUGCCAACAAAGAUAAAACAAACGAUGAUAGUGCGGCCAAGCGACCAAAAACUGUCAAAACUUUACAAAGUAAAUUUAGAUCUACUGGACUGGAAGAUCAGACUAUAGCCCCUGUUAAAAAGAAACCUGUUACGGAACCCAAACCACUGCCUGUUUUACCAAAACGCAAUACAAGUAGUAUAGAGGAGCCCCCGGAGAAGAAGUCAAGAUUGACCCUAACAAUCCCCUCCCCCUCAUUAUCCUCGGCUACCACCCUACCAACAUCUACUAGUCCCCCAUCUACCUCACCCCAAGAAGUUCAGCACGGCAAGAUCAAAAUCAUUCCUGCUAAACGACUACCUACCCAUGAAAUACAUGAAGAUUCUGGGUUUAUGGACAGUUUGUCUGUGAAACCAAGGUUCGGGGGUGUGAAGAAAAAGAAAAAGUUGAUGUCACCUGUUACCACGACAACACCUACAACGCCGUCUGGUCCUCCUGAUUUAAAACCUGCUGUAGUUACCUCCCCUAUUGCAGUGCCACCUGUAUCACCUAUAACGUCACUCGCUUCACGAUUACCGUCUGUUCCUUCAUUUUAUAAAGAUACUUUAGAAACAGCUGAAGAACCACAAGAAACGAAAGAGAGAUCACCAUCGCCGGAAGAAAUGAAUCCUGUGAAUCUACAGAUGCCGCUGUUGUCUCCAGAACGACCUAGUACACCCGUAGAUGAGGAUAUGGAAAAUAAAAAUCCUGAUGAUUCCGGCAAGAAAAACGAAGAUGAAAAUAACGGACAAGAAAACGUAGAAGACCCAGAUCAGAAGGGAUUGCUGUCAACUGGCAUGAUCAAACGGAAAAAACCCAAGAAAAAACUUCGCUGGGUGGAUGAUAACAGGCUUUGUCAGUUCCAUUAUUUUGAAAUGGAUGAAACUGAAAGAGAAAAUGUGAACCGACCGAAAGAUAGUUUUAAUAGUUUAAAGAAAGCUGAAAGAAUGAUGGAGGGAAGGGCAAUGGAUAGAAAGUUUAGUCACCAUGACAACCAGAAUGAGGCUGUACAAUGGCGCAAACCUGAAUUAUUAACAGGACUAAGUUCCGUGGUCGUCCCAGGAUGCAACAGUACCGAACGUGACAUUCAGAAUCAGCGAGAACAAAGUGUUCUUCAAGCUCUUUUCUUCUCGAAGGCUAUGUUACCAGAUACACCAACAGAACCCGAUUUAGAAGCAGUAGAAACAGAGGAACCUAUUAAUAUACCUUUAGUUGAUGCUUCAUCGUCAGGAGAAGAAUAUUCCUAUACGUAUGACAACAUUACCCAGAAACCUGAUAAACUAAAACCUGACCCCCCAGAGUUACUACAACAGAAUAACCACGGGAUUCACCAAGGAGGUCAUCCUAUUGCUCUAAUGGGAGCCCCACCCCCCGGUCUGCCACCAGAGUUGACCAAUAUUUUAAAUAAUUUUAGUAAAAAUCCCCCGACUGGGAACAAUGUAUCUAAUGAUAUGAUGCAGAAUGUCCAGAAUAUGUUGGCUGUCAUUAUGCAAGCCAGCCAAGAUGGCAACCAGAAUCAGAUGAUAGACCAGUUGAGAAUGGCACUGGAACCUUUCAGACAUCAACUUCCAGAAUUAUUCCAGAUGGGUUCCAACUUCGGCGGCAGCGGUCCGAACAUGAUGGGUGGACCACCUAGAAUGGGACCAGGGCUGCUCGGAGCUGCUCCUCCUGGGUUUGCUCCCCUUGGAGGCCCUCGAGGACCCCCUCCUAACAGAUUUAUGGGACCAGGACCUGGUGGACAGAUGGGAAUGCCUGGACCGCAGGGACCAGGUGGCCCGAUGCGAGGACCUGGCCCUGGCCCUGGACCACAAGGAGGACCAAUGGGUCCUGGGCCUGGAGAUGAAUGGGGUGAUAACAUGAUGGGAGGACACAUGGGGCCUGGAGGUCCAAUGGGACCUAAUGGUCCAAGACAUAAUUUCCAGAGGCGUGGUGGCCCGAUGAAUCGUGGUCCAAUGAGAGGUGGUCGUGGUGGAAAUCGUGGUGGGCGUGAUAAUCGUGGCCCAGACAGGGGAGGUAACCGUGAUGAUAGGAGAGAUGAUAGGGGUCGUGGUGGACGAAAUGAUAGAGGCAGAAGAGAUAAUCGGGGUGGAAAGGGAAAGAGACAAGUUUGUCGACAUUUCUUAUCAAAUGGCGGUUGUAAAUUUGGUGACACCUGCAGUUUUCUUCACCCUAACCCCCAAAAUGGGCAAUCACCAGUGUCCUGAUGAAAGUGGUUAACAUAGAAUAGUCAUCUGAAGUGCUAGAAAAUCAAAAGGUGGGAGAUUUGGUGGAAGGAUUUCAUAUUUGGAAGUGCAGGAGUGAUGAAUUGAGAGAGAAUAUUCUAUAAAUCAUUUUAGUUAUUCAAGAAG